GAACGAACGACAUCUCGAGAAACUUUGCAAGCUCUUACCACGCGAUACCUAGUGGGUAGUCAUACCCUAGUAAGUCUAGUACCUAAAAUGUCUAGUAACCUAGGAAGUAGGUACCCAGUCGCCUAUGUAGAUAGGUAAUUUGCUAAUAAGGAAAUCAAUGCUGCUACCCUGUACGGAAUUUGUAUACAGAUGGAGAUAACGUUAGGAGGUAGUUGGUUAGUUAACUAGUUAACCAAAAAGUCAAACUAAAACUUCUUCUACCCACCCAGCCUUAUCCUAUCUUCAACACCAAUUUUCUCCCGCCUGGCUCCUUUAGCGGUGGUUUAGAGAUAAGGCGUAAGAUCGUCGUGAGUAGCUUUAUAAGGCGAUGACAAGUAGGCCGUCUUGACAAUUAAUCCGAUUGUUGUCACUUCGUUCUACUUUAUUCUCCCGUGUUCAAUAGACCGUAUCUCUAAACACGCCCCCGGACAGUACAGAAAUAUCCAAAAUGGAGAAGAACCCGGAUAGGACCACAGCCGAGUCGGUACGCGAUGGGAGACCAGAUGAUGUCGACAACGCGUACGAGUUUGCAAAGGAGCACGCCGUCGGGCCUUUGAGCGACGAGGACAAUAAGCGCAUCUUGCGCAAGAUCGAUCACCAUCUGUUGCCCCUGAUGAUCAUCACCUAUACUCUGAACUUCAUGGACAAGAAUGCCCUCUCCUACUCGGCCAAUUUUGGCCUCAUCACUGACAACAAACUCGUAGGAAACCAGUACAGCUGGGCCUCCGGAUCCAUUUUCUAUCUUACGUACAUGGUCUCCCAGCCUUUUGUCGCUCGUCUGAUUGUCCGGUUCCCUAUCGGCCGCUUCGUCGCCGUUGCUACCACACUUUGGGGCGCUGUGUUGAUGACCACGGCGGCGUCGCGUUCUUUCGCUAGCUUAAUGGCCAUCCGUGCCAUCCUGGGUUGUCUCGAAUCUUGCAUCAACCCCGCCUUUAUUGUUAUAUCCUCCCAAUGGUGGACGCGCGACGAGCAACCGCUACGAAUUUCGUACUGGUAUCUCGGCAACUCGAUCGGCCAAGUCUGCGGUGGACUUCUGGGUUAUGGUAUUGCUCAUAUCACGAGCCACAAGGUCCCGAACUGGGGGUGGUUCUUCCUAAUUUUUGGUGCAAUCACCAUCCUCUACGGCAUCUUCCUGUUUUACUACCUCCCUGAUUCACCAUUGAAUGCUCGUUGGCUUUCAGAUCAUGACCGAGCCUUGGCCAUCGAGCGUGUUCGGAGCAACCGUACGGGAGUUGAGAAUCAUGUGUGGAAGUGGUCACAGGUCAAGGAGUGCGUACUUGAUAUACAAUGCUGGAUUCUUGUAGCAACAUUUUUCCUCGACGAUAUUCCCGCCGGCGGAGUUGGUUCGUUUGGCAGCAUAGUAGUCAAGGGGUUUGGUUAUGACGCUCUCUACUCAACCCUUCUUCUGGUACCCUUGGGUGUGAUCCAAGCCAUAUGCAUCCUCUUCGGAGGUUUCAUGACCAGGCGCUUCAAAAACAUCCGAACUUGGCUUAUCGCCGGUUGCCAAAUCCCGGCGCUUAUCGGAGCCGUUCUGCUCUACACUCUGCCUCGGGAAAAUUCGCGUGGGCUACUCGGCUCGUACUACAUUGUACAAACGCAUGGCAUAGUCGGCACACUCACCAUGUCGCUGGUAGCUAGUAAUUUCGCCGGGUAUACAAAGAAAGCUACCGCAUCCACGAUGAUGUACGUGGCCUUCUGCGUUGGACAGGUCGUUGCUCCUCAGCUUUUUCUUCCAAGCGAGGCGCCAGCAUACAAAACCGCCUUUCUCGCUGCUUUCAUAUGUUUUGCUCUGUGCAUCGUGUUCACCAUUGUUCUACGAUUCUACCUUAUUUGGGAAAAUGAGAGACGAGACCAGCUUCACUUGUCAGAAGGCGAGCUUAGCAACACCGACAACGAGUUCCUCGACCUGACGGAUAAGCAGCAAAAGGCUCUCUUCCGUUAUGUUCUGUAGGAAAUGGCAUUCGCUACAGAUAUGAUCUACAGGAAGACAGGUAACAUUUGUGCGUGUCUCCUGUUUGGUAGGAAGGACGCAUCUAUGGAUAUUAUGAAGUUAUAAUACCUACCUAAUCUACAGCGGAGAUGUAAUGGGUGAGGUGUUGCUAGCGGGAGUUUCUAAGCGAUCUUUAAUUUGAUUGAGGGAAUGAAUAUAUUAUCUAUUACGAGUUUCAACGUGGAAGAGAAGGGGAAAAGAGAGGGAGGCUCUUUGUUUGCAAGCACGAGUUGCCGGAUGAAAUUACCAGCAUAUUACAUAUUCCCACCCACAUAGCAAAGCUACCUCUAUGUCUAGAUGCCUAAUAUACCUAAUAUGUAGGACUUGUCUCGGAAUUACUGCUAUCUCUCUG